AUGAGCUCUUGCGGAAAAAAGAACUCUCUCUAUCAAUCAUUGGUGGUGAGGGAGCAUACAGGCAGUUGUUUUGCGGAUGAUUCUCGGGAGUGUGCAUUGAGCACAGGCGCUGAGGACUUUCUUGUCUGUGUAGAUGAUCUUAUUGCCACUGAAAACACGGCUAUGGAUCAGUCUCCUUUUUUUUUGGUUGAGGAUCGUGCGGCACAACUGCAAGCCAAAAAUGAGGGUGAUGUGGCCACAGCCACACCGAAAUAUUCCACGGAAGAGCAGCAGUCUUCUUCUCUUCCUCCUCCUCCCCCUGUUGAGGUGGAAGUGCGCCAUGAGAAACCCAGGACUGAAAGAGUGAGUUUGUUCGCUCGAGCAAAGAUGUGCUCUAGUGCGACUGCCGCUGUUGUGAAUAGGGAGUCAGAAGUCUUAAAUACGAGAAAGUUUUUGAAAUAA